ACACCGCGCAAGGGGAGAAUGGGAGGAGACGGCGGUGUAGGCUGGCCGGUGUUCGGUUUCACCAGCGCACACGUGACCGCAAUGGCUGCUUGUCUGUUCCGUGCAGUGCAUCAUUUCUCUGCCGCCCAGCGAAUGUAGGCUACAGCAGUUUUCUCGCUUCGUUGAACUGUCGGUGCGGACACUUACCACCCGCCGAAGCGAAAUUCCUCUACACGUACAGCCGAGCAGCUCACCGGCUGAGAAGAACGACAUUCGGAAGAGAAAUUAAAGCGUCUCGGGGUUCAACUUCCACCAACCAACACAGCGGUAGGAGGAGUCAACAGGUGUUUUUCUCUGGUGUGGUGCUGUUCCUCUGACUGUCUGACGAGAUUUAAGACGGAGAAAUCCAGCGGCAGGUCACCGUGUUGGACUGACUCGCUUUGACAGGUUUGACCCAAGAGCAGUUUGUCAGCUCCAGAGCACUGCUUCUCAUUUCCUCUUGCGUCACAUCGCCCUAGUGCGUCCUCCUGAAACCUGGCGGGUUGGAGUGAGAUCAGGCCCUUGUGAAGAGUUACGGCCCCGUCAAGCAGUGCUGGAAUAUACUGCCUCAACACAUUUUAUUCCAGGAGAACUUUGGGAUUGUAUCCAGAGAGUUACGUAACACCAAAACAAAGAGCGGUACACCUGUGAGCGGUACGCUGUGAUCGGAUGGCGUCAUAACCACUCACACGCACCCUGGAUCACCAAUCAUUAACCUGCUUCUGUCUUACAGCCACAAUAGCAAGCGCCCACACGGACAAUCGCAGACAAAGCUCUCCUAGUUGGAUUACCAAAAGUAGCUCAUGAUGGGAAAGUAGACAUCUUGCAUCACGGAUAGCCUGCACAGAGGUUUGGGACUCAGUGCUGUAUCUGAGCGUGCCAUGUCUGGAAACGGCAACCCCUGCCCCAGCCCUGGAGGUCUGGGCACCCCUUUAGCGGGCUUCCCUAUGCCGCACUAUCCUUACUUCUUUUCUCAUAUGCUAGGAGGACUCUCCCCUCCGGCGCUUCCAGGACUUCCUGUCAGUGGAUACAGCACUCCGUCUCCUGCAACUGUGGAGACCCAGAGCACAAGCUCGGAGGAGAUCGUACCCAGCCCACCUUCUCCACCGCCUCCACCACGGGUCUACAAGCCCUGUUUCGUCUGCCAGGACAAGUCAUCGGGCUACCACUAUGGAGUUAGUGCAUGUGAAGGGUGCAAGGGCUUUUUCCGAAGGAGCAUUCAGAAGAACAUGGUGUACACCUGCCACAGAGAGAAGAGCUGUAUCAUCAACAAGGUCACCCGAAACCGCUGCCAGUACUGCCGGCUGCAGAAGUGCCUGGAAGUGGGCAUGUCUAAAGAAUCUGUUCGGAACGACCGGAACAAGAGGAAGAAAGAAGAGAAGAAGCAGGAGUGUUCGGAGAGUUACGUCUUAAGUCCUGAUACGGAGCAGAUGAUUGAGCGGGUUAGGAAAGCCCAUCAGGACACCUUCCCCUCCCUGUGCCAGCUGGGCAAAUACACCACGAACAACAGUGCAGACCACAGGGUCUCUCUGGAUGUUGACUUGUGGGACAAGUUCAGUGAACUCUCCACCAAAUGCAUUAUUAAAACGGUGGAGUUCGCCAAGCAGCUGCCUGGCUUCACCACGCUCACUAUCGCAGAUCAGAUCACCCUGUUAAAGGCCGCCUGUCUCGACAUCCUGAUUCUGCGAAUAUGUACACGCUACACACCAGAUCAGGACACCAUGACGUUUUCAGAUGGUCUGACACUGAACCGCACGCAGAUGCACAACGCCGGCUUCGGUCCACUGACAGAUCUGGUUUUCGCUUUCGCCAACCAGCUCCUGCCUCUGGAGAUGGAUGAUGCAGAGACGGGGCUUCUCAGCGCCAUCUGUCUGCUGUGUGGAGAUCGGCAGGAUCUGGAGCAGUCGGAUAAGGUGGAUGUGCUUCAGGAGCCGCUGCUGGAGGCCCUAAAGAUCUACGUGAGAAAGAGGAGGCCUCAUAAACCACACAUGUUCCCCAAGAUGCUAAUGAAGAUCACAGACCUAAGGAGCAUCAGUGCUAAAGGAGCUGAAAGAGUAAUAACGCUGAAAAUGGAGAUUCCCGGCUCGAUGCCUCCACUCAUUCAGGAGAUGUUGGAGAAUUCAGAGGGUCUGGAGGGAGGCGGCGGGGCGAGAGGAGGAGGAGGAGGAGCCCCACCGGGAAGCUGCAGCCCUAGUUUGUCUCCCAGCUCAGCACACAGCAGUCCCUCGGCUCACUCGCCCUGAGUCUCACCUCCGGACAGGGCUCCGUACGGAACGAAACUGGUCCGAAACCAGAAAUAAGCCACAGCCGACCAGCGCCAGAACCCAGAAUUCCGGUAGACUUUGAUUCCGGGCUGACCGGACCCGAAUCGACCAGUAAAUCUGGCCGGCUUUCAUUAGCUGAAGACCAAUCGAGUUAAACACAGGCCGAGCCUGCUCCAAACUCACACUGUCAUUAAAACCACCAGUGAUUCAGUGACUACCAGAGCCCUGCAGCGGUGGUUCACGAAGACAGCAGAACAAACGCCCCGUGUGCGCAGAAGCGGCUCCUUACUGUGUCUUCCCAGCUCUGCUCCCAUCACACAAACUGUGAAGGCCCAGGGAAGCCCUCUUCCUCUCGGGCCUGUGACUUUAUUUUAUAAAUUUCAAUCCCUUAAAGCAAGCUAAAGGACAUUAGGACGUCAAAUGUCCACAAGUCAGGGACAUUUUGAACUUUCCAGCCGUUUCGGUUCUGUUUCUUUGUUUUCUUACAAAAAGAUAUAUGAAUAUAUGAAAUCUAUAUUGACAGAAAUAUGAGAUUUGAAUUUUGUGUCUUAGGUGGAAUGCAGAACAAUUCUUAUCGUUUUUCUCUCUCACUUUUCUCGCAAGAGUUAAACACGGUUAUGGUCGACCCACUGUUACGCUCACUCCAAGACAGUCAUGCACAAGGGCACGUCACACUAGCACUGAAAACAAAGCGUCUACUUCAAGAUGUGAGGUUAAGAUGCCGUUUUGUCCAGUGAGGAGAUGAUUUGGAGACGUAUUCAGAAUGAUCGGCUUGGCAGUUGUGGCGAAGAAAUGAAGAAUCUCGUGUAAACAAGCAGCUUGUGAUUAUGAUGUGUAUGAGAUCUCAGAGCGGUAAAUGCCUUUGUGUAGCUUUUUGAAUAUUGUUUCUCUUUAAUUUUGUAAUUGUCAGCUGUCGAAAGACACAGACGCACCCCUCUCCACAGUAUUAGCAGAUUAUCAAAUAAAAAGUGAGAUGUUCAAACAUAACGACUCGAAAACCCACAAGAAAAACAUGUCAUUUCAGAAGUAUUGAGAAUGUUGUAACUGAGCAUUUCGCACAGAACGUCAUGCCUUUUUGCCUGCACCUCAGUCUUGAAGCCUUGUUCGUGGUAGAUUUGUUUCUAAUCAUCUCGGUCACGUCGUAGCCGUCACGUGUGCUGAGAUGCUUCCACCGCCGCGUCCUUCUCCUCUGUAUCUUACAACAUCACUGCCUCUGCUCUCCUGCAACAAUCAUUGAACAAUUGUCAACAACAACACUGCCUCGGUGUGACAAUCGCUUUAAGUAAAGCUCACAAACAACUCUGCCUCUGUAUCACACACUGAUCCCUGCCAGACAUCUGGAUUCAUCUGGAAGCAUCAAACAGGUACUGAUUUCAUAAUUGUGGUUGCCUAGAGAUGCUUUAUUAAACUAAAACCUUGUAUCAA